AUGGCCAGUUCCAGUGAGUUUGUAUUCGCACGAAACCAUACCAAGGACAAUGACAUUGUGUCUGAGUACUUGAGCUCAGAGGAUCUGCAAGACAGCGGAUACGAGUCGGUGGUGCGCGACUCCGAGUCGUGGGCCGGUGCCAUGCCUGCCUCGCAGGGGCUGUACGACGCCCAAUAUGAAAAAGAUGCAUGCGGUGUUGGUUUCUUGUGUCACAUCAAGGGAAAGGCAUCGCACAAGAUUGUGUCGGAAGCGCGCUUCCUGCUGUGCAACAUGACGCACCGAGGUGCCACGGGUGCAGAUGCCCGCGACGGUGACGGUGCGGGUGUUAUGACUGGUAUGCCAGAUGCCUUUCUUCGUCGCGAGGUGGCGAUCGACCACGACUUUGAGCUGCCGCCUGUAGGCCAGUAUGCGUGCGGUAAUCUCUUCUUUACAUCGCAGGAUGAUCAAGCUCGCGCAGAGCACAUUCAACUGUUCGAAACGAUUGCCGAAAAGUUGGGCCUGCGUGUCCUGGGCUGGCGUGAAGUGCCCGUCGACAGUACGAUUCUUGGCCCUGCGUCGCAUAGUCGUGAGCCCAAGACGAUGCAGCCGUUUGUCGUGAUGGGUGACCACUAUGGAUGGACAUCGAAGAAGUGUGAAAUGAACGGCGGCUCGUUCGACGACAAACACUUUGCUCGACAACUGUAUGUUUUGCGCAAGCAUGCAUCGCACCGCAUUGGUUUGGCGAACUGGUUCUACAUCUGUUCGCUGAGCCCGACCAAUAUUGUUUACAAGGGCCAGCUGAGCCCUGUCCAGGUUUACAACUACUUCCAUGACCUGAACAACUCUGCAUACUCUGCGCACUUUGCACUUGUGCACUCGCGAUUCUCUACGAACACGUUCCCUUCGUGGGACCGUGCACAGCCACUGCGCUGGGCCGCUCACAACGGAGAAAUCAACACGAUUCGCGGGAACAAAAACUGGAUGCGCGCUCGUGAGGGCCUGCUGCGAUCUGAGGUGUUUGGCGACGACCUCGAUUUACUGUACCCCAUCAUUGAGAAUGGCGGCUCGGACUCCGCAGCCUUCGAUAAUGUCCUGGAACUUCUUGUGAUCAAUAAGGUGCUGACACUUCCACAGGCCGUAAUGUUGAUGGUGCCAGAGGCGUGGCAAGGCUCGGAGAAGGACCCAGCCAAAGUGGCGUUUUACCAGUGGGCCGCUUGCUUGAUGGAGCCUUGGGACGGUCCAGCGCUCUUCACGUUCUGUGAUGGUCGUUACUGUGGUGCGAACCUGGACCGAAAUGGCUUGCGUCCGUGCCGCUGGGUCACGACCAAUGACGACAUUAUGGUCAACAUGCUCAUGCUGCCGAUGAUCAAUGACAGCAAGGAGGCUCUUGGCAGUAUGGGUAGUGAUGCGCCACUUGCUUGUAUGUCGCAGACGCCACGGCUUGUGUUUGAAUACUUCCGCCAGCUGUUUGCACAAGUGACGAAUCCGCCGAUAGACCCGAUCCGUGAGGCCGUCGUCAUGUCGCUCGACCAGUACAUUGGGCCAGAAGGCAAUCUGUUGGAAAUGAACGAGAAGCAGUGCAACCGCAUCUACCUUCAGAGUCCCGUACUGAGCAUGGAGCAGAUGGCGGCACUCCGUCAGAUGCAUCUCGUGUACCCAGAGUGGAAGUCGGUCACGGUCGACACGACUUUUGACCACGCGCUGGGCGUUGCUGGAUACGAGGCGACGCUCGACCGCGUAUGCGCCGAAGUGUCGCAUGCCAUUGAGGAGAAUAUCCGUAUCGUUGUAUUGUCGGACCGCCAUGUUGGGCCGCACCGCGUCGCUAUCAGCUCGCUUAUCGCCUGUGGCGGUGUGCACCACCACCUGAUUCGGCAGAAGAAGCGCAACCGCAUUGCCCUGGUGAUCGAGUCUGCUGAGGCGCGCGAAGUACACCACGUGUGUGUGCUGCUCGGCUACGGCGCUGACGCGAUCUGCCCAUGGCUCGCGCAAGAGGCUGUGCUUAAGGUGCACCGCGAGGGUCUGUCAAAGACAGACGUGCCCGCUGCGAAGCUGACCGAAAACUGGCGUGCCGCGACGGACAGCGGCAUCACCAAAGUCAUGUCAAAGAUGGGCAUUUCAACACUCCAGUCGUACAAAGGUGCCCAGAUCUUUGAGGCGCUUGGUCUCGACAAUUCGGUGGUGGAUCGUUGCUUCGCUGGCACGGCGUCGAGAAUUCGCGGUGCUACGUUUGAAGUGCUCGCGGCCGAUGCGCUGGAAAUGCACGAGCAGGCGUACCCACGUCGCCACACGGUUGGCUUCGAGGGCCUGCCCGAGACGGGUGACUACCACUGGCGCGAUGGUGGCGAGCCCCAUGUGAACGACCCGAACUGCAUUGCACACCUGCAGGACGCGACACGCACCAAGAACCAGGCUGCUUGGGACGCGUACACCAAAGCGUCGCACAACAUGACAAAGGCUACGACGCUGCGUGGCUUGCUGGACUUUGACUACGGCAAGGCACGUCCUAUUCCUGUGGAUCAGGUCGAGCCAUGGACGGAAAUUGCACAGCGCUUCUGUACGGGUGCCAUGUCGUACGGUUCCAUCUCUAUGGAGGCGCACUCGGCGCUCGCCAUUGCGCUGAACCGGCUGGGCGGCAAGUCGAAUACGGGUGAGGGUGGUGAGGACCCCGAGCGAUCGAUCCCGCUGCCGAACGGCGACUCGCUGCGCUCCAAGAUCAAGCAGAUUGCCUCUGGUCGCUUUGGUGUGACGUCACGCUACUUGUCGGACGCCGACGAGCUGCAGAUCAAGAUGGCCCAGGGCGCCAAGCCCGGCGAGGGUGGUGAGCUUCCUGGUCACAAGGUGUCCGAAUCGAUUGCCCGCACGCGUCACAGUACGGCGGGCGUCGGUCUCAUCUCGCCCCCGCCACACCAUGACAUUUACUCGAUCGAGGACUUGAAGCAGCUGAUCUACGAUCUUAAGUGCUCGAACCCUCGUGCUCGUGUGAGUGUCAAGCUUGUCUCAGAGGUGGGCGUUGGCGUGAUCGCGUCCGGUGUCGCUAAGGCCAAGGCGGACCACAUCCUCAUCUCAGGUCAUGAUGGCGGUACAGGCGCAGCGCGCUGGACCAGUAUCAAGUACGCGGGCUUGCCAUGGGAGCUGGGUCUCGCUGAGACGCAUCAAACGCUCGUGCUGAACGACCUCCGUGGCCGUGUCGUUGUGCAGACAGACGGACAGCUUCGUACGGGUCGCGAUGUCGCGAUUGCUUGCUUGCUGGGUGCUGAAGAGUACGGAUUCUCAACGGCGCCGCUGAUCUCGAUGGGCUGCAUCAUGAUGCGCAAAUGCCACCUGAACACGUGUCCCGUUGGCAUCGCGACCCAGGACCCAAUUCUUCGUGAGAAGUUUGCCGGUCAGCCUGAGCAUGUCAUCAACUUCUUCUACUACCUGUCGGAAGAGCUGCGUUCGAUCAUGGCCAAACUGGGUCUGCGUACGAUCAACGAAAUGGUCGGCCGCUCCGACCUUUUGCGCAUGGACGAGGCUGCGCGAACGCCCAAGACGGCGAACCUGAACUUGAGUGCUCUGCUCAAGCCGGCGCAUGAGAUGCGCCCGGGCGCUGCCACACACAAGGUCCGGCAGCAGGACCACAGGCUGUACGUGCGCCUGGACAACAAGUUUAUCGACGAAGCGGAGCCGGCUCUUUCGCGUGGCUUGCCGGUGCAGAUCGACUGCCAUGUCGUCAACACGGACCGUGCCCUUGGCACGACUCUGUCGUACCAUGUGUCGAAGCUGUUCGGUGGUGAUGGCCUUCCACGUGACACGAUCCACAUAUCUGCCAAAGGCAGUGCAGGCCAGUCGUGCGGUGCAUUCCUCGCGCCUGGCAUCACGCUCGAGCUCGAGGGCGAUGCAAACGACUACGUCGGCAAGGGCCUGUCGGGUGGUCGUCUCAUCGUGUACCCACCCAAGUCGUCGUCCUUCAUGGCUGAGGAGAACGUCAUCGUCGGCAACACCUGUUUGUACGGCGCAACAAGCGGCCAUGCCUUCUUUGCCGGUAUUGCCGCUGAGCGAUUCCCCGUGCGUAACUCGGGCGCGCAUGCUGUCGUUGAAGGCGUCGGUGAUCAUGGCUGUGAGUACAUGACAGGUGGUCGUGUUGUUGUGCUCGGUUCGACGGGCCGCAACUUUGCUGCUGGUAUGAGCGGCGGUAUAGCCUAUGUCCUCGAUAUGAACCGCGACUUUGCCAGCAAGUGCAACAUGGAGAUGGUGGAGCUAGGCUCCGUGCAGGAGCCGCAGGAAAUCGCCGAGCUCCGCAUGCUUUUGGAGGAUCACCGCCACUACACUGGCUCGUCUCUGGCUGAGCACGUGAUUCACGAGUUCCACCACCUCCUCCCACGCUUCGUACGUGUGAUGCCCACGGACUACAAGCGCGUGCUCGAACAAGAGGCCGCUAAAGCCGCCGAGGAAAAGAAGCGCUCUAGUCAUGUGGAUCUGCGUGGUACACUCUCCCGUCGUGGCAGCCAGGUCGAUGUCACCAUGGGUGACGAGGCGAAUGCACACGCCACGCCGGAUGUCGCGUUGCCUGUCUCUACCGAGCCUGCCGUCGUGGACAUGGAGGAAGCCAUGCUCGACGAAGAGCUCACAAAGGCGCGCACCGAGAAGCUCGACAAAAUGCGCGGCUUCAUGAAGUACCAUCGCCGUGGUGAGUCGUACCGCAACGCGUCUGCACGCGUGAAGGACUUUAAGGAGCUGUCGAGCCGUCUGACAGAGCCCGAGCUGAAACUGCAGACUGCUCGAUGCAUGGACUGCGGUGUGCCUUUCUGUCAGUCCGACAAUGGAUGCCCCAUCUCCAACAUUAUUCCUAAGUGGAAUGACCUUGUAUUCAAGGGUCAAUGGCGUGAUGCGUUGAACCGCUUGCUCAUGACGAACAACUUCCCUGAGUUUACUGGCCGUGUAUGCCCUGCUCCCUGCGAAGGAGCGUGUGUGCUGGGCAUCAUUGAAUCGCCCGUCGGCAUCAAGUCGAUCGAGUGUGCCAUCAUCGAUCACGCCUGGGAACAGGGUUGGAUGGUGCCGCGUCCCCCGCCGCAACGCACGGGCAAGACGGUCGCUGUCAUUGGCUCAGGCCCAGCCGGUCUCUCAUGUGCCGAUCAGCUAAACCGUGCUGGUCACACUGUCGUUGUUUAUGAGCGUGCUGAUCGUAUCGGUGGUUUGCUGAUGUACGGCAUUCCGAACAUGAAGCUGGACAAGCAAGUCGUCGACCGACGUGUGAAUCUUAUGGCUGCCGAAGGCGUUCAGUUUAUCACCAACACAGAGAUCGGAAAAGACGUCGAUGCUGCCGACCUGCACAAACAAAAUGACGCUGUUGUUUUCGCCACUGGUGCGACGUGGCCACGUGACUUGAGGAUUCCUGGCCGCGACGCGAAUGGUGUCCACUUUGCGAUGGAGUUCCUGUCGUCUACGACGCAUUCGCUGCUCGACACGCAACUUGCAGAGGGCACAUACUUGAAUGCCAAGGGCAAGCAUGUGAUCGUCAUCGGUGGUGGCGAUACAGGUAACGACUGUAUAGGUACGGCUGUGCGCCAUGGUGCAGCGUCUGUGGUCAACUUUGAGUUGCUACCUCAGCCACCUGCUGCCCGUGCCGAGAACAAUCCUUGGCCGCAAUGGCCGCGGGUCUUCCGUACCGACUACGGUCACUCGGAGGUCAAGGCACGCUGGGGCAAUGACCCGCGCGAGUACUGCAUCUCGACUACGGAGUUUGAGAAGGAUGCAAGUGGCAACCUUAUCGCUCUGAACACUGUCCGUGUUUCCUGGGAGCUAGACGCCAGUGGCAAGUGGCAAAUGACCAAGGUCCCUGGCAGCGAACAACGCUUCCCAUGUGAUUUGUGCUUCCUUGCACUUGGUUUCCUGGGUCCUGAAAAUGCUGCGAUUGAGUCGCUGAAAUUGAAGCAGGACGCUCGCAGCAACAUUCUCGCUGACACAAACCGCGGUGAGCGCCCAUACAAGACCUCCGUUGAUCGCGUCUACGCUGCUGGCGACUGCCGUCGUGGCCAGUCGCUUAUUGUGUGGGGCAUUCAAGAGGGUCGUGCGUGUGCUGCCCAGGUCGACACGGACCUCAUGUCCUCGUCGUACCUGCCCUGGGCCGGUAGUAUUCCAAAGCGCAUCCAUGUCGCUGAUGAGCCUGCUUCAGCUGCUCUUGCAACGAAGCGCCAGUCCAUUACCGCUUAA